AUGGCGGAAUUUUAUAACAAUGGUUACGACGAAGAGGUGCGCUUGGGGAACCUGCAAAAGCGAUUCGCGGCUCUUCUUUGCUUGAGCGAAAGGGAACACUCUAAAAGAGACGCAGCUGACGGCCUCCUAUCCUUAUGUGAAAAUAGUACAACAUCCCGUGAUAUCCAAAAGGACCAAGACGAACUUCUUGUUUUAAAGAAAAAAGAUGCUGCUGCUCAAACCAACCUAACUCAUGAACAUCUUAAAACUUAUGCGACUGAGUCAUUUGUUAACACCAGCAGUAUACAGAAAUGCAUGUUUUUAGAAAAUGUGGUUAAUGAUUCAGCCCAUUAUACAGGCCUACCAGGUGAAAUGUUGAAAAUACUUUUUGAGUUCGUGAAAGCAAAGGCUUCCAGGCUUAUCAAAUGGAAAGGGAAGAAAACAGCAAAAUAUAAACAAGAAAAAAGAGCAGUGCUAGGGUACAGUAAUAUAUAAUCAUACAUAUUGCUCAAGUAAAUACUCAAGUUAAUAGUUGUGUAAUGCAGUUAAUAGCUCCCUAUGUAUAAUGAAUGAUAAGCACUUAAUCAUUUUUAUAGAUCCACAAAACUUCUACAUGGGCUAAACUUUCAGUUUAUGAGCAAUUUAUAUUCACAUUGGUCAGGAUCAAAAGAUUCCCUAGUCUCAAGAUGUUAUGUGAUUUAUUUGGAGUGUCAGAAACUGUUGGUAGCAGCAUAUUCUUGACAUGGGUGAAGUUUCUUGAGAAGGAAUUAAAGUGAUUUAUUCCAUUUACCACUUUGAAAGACAUGGAAGGAAUAAC